AUGCUAAUCGUAUCCUCUUUUCGUAAGAAUGCUGCUUUUGUCCCUCUUGCUAUGGAUCUUGACGUCUCAGUCACAGAGGCCUCUUACACUACAACAGUUGCCAUAUUAUUUGCUGGAUUCACCCCCUUGCUAUACGCUCCAAUAUCAAACGUCUACGGACGUCGACCUGUAUAUUUGGUGGGUACUGCAAUCGGGACGGCUGCAAAUGCCGGCUGUGCUGUCUGUCGGUCUUGGGGACACCUUUUGGUUGCCCGCGCUUUUGUGGGAAUUGGGACAUCUGUCGGCAUGGGAGUCGGUGCGUCAAUUGUUGCAGAUCUAUAUUUCAUGCAUGAGCGGGGAUUGUACAUGGGGAUAUACGUGGUUUUCGUAACCAAUGGCGCGCACCUCGCAGCCAUAAUUGGCGGUCUUGUCGCCGAAUCCCUUGGCUGGCGUUGGUGUUACUGGGUCCCAACAAUCACUACAGGGGCGACAUGGUUUCUCAAUAUCUUCUUCCUGCCAGAGACUUUAUAUCGCCGAGACCCAUCAACGGGUGCCUCUUACAUCAGAACAAAAUCCUGGGCGCAGCUCCUUAAGUUCAAAGGAGCCCCAACCACAAGAAAGCUAAGAUUUGGAGACUUUGCUCAUUGCUUUAUUAUGUUGAAAUAUCCUCCUGUGCUCUUGUGCAUGCUCUAUUACAGUAUUGCCUUCGGCGUAGGCACAGUUCUGUUUGCUGUCACCGGAGCUGCUGCAUUCGAAGGUUCUUACGGCUUUAACACCGUCCAGGUGGGUCUAGCCAUCGGGCUGCCUACGACCAUUGGGUCUAUGCUCGGUGAAUUUAUGGCUGGAUCAAUCAGCGACAAGACUCUCCGUCAUGCUAACCGCCUUCACGAUGGAGCGGCGGAUAUAGAGUCAAGGCUCCAAGCAACCUUGCCUGGGGCAGUUAUUCUUCCUAUCGGUAUCGUCAUAGAAGGCGUUUGUUUGCAAUAUCAAACUCAUUGGGCAGGACCUGUGAUGGGCAUUGGCAUUGCGGCUUUUGGGCUUCAGAUCGUCUCUACGCCGAUUUUCGCUUAUCUCACUGAUUGCUACAAGCCACAGUCAACUGAGAUCUCAACACUCCUGAACUUUGGUCGUCUAUUGUUUUCUUUCUCUCUCGGAUUUUACAUGAUGCCCUUUGCUAUAAAAACGACCUUCGGAAUCGCCUGGGGAGUCCUCGCAGCAAUCAACCUUGCUUUGUUUUCUGGUAUUCUUCUCCUGAUGUGGAAAGGUCCUAUGUGGAGACGGAAACUAGUGUCUCCCGACUUUGACAGAGACCUAUGA